UGUCUCUUUAAUAAUAAAAACCCUUUCGACCCUUAAAAAUCCAAUCUUUUGGUGUAUGAAAAAGGGGUGUGACAUGGUGAAAUACUCUCGGGAGGUCCUUUCAAGAACUUCUCGAGUCAGUUUUUCAUCUACAAUGAAGCAUUGUGUGGUUCUUCAGGAUUUAGUGUCUCCCCAUGGCCCACUUCAUCAAAGCAGAGAUCAAAUAGGAAAAAAUUGCUAGUUCUUUUUCUUUCGCUCGCAAUUUCAGUUGUAUUUGCUCCUAUGACCUUUGUGCUCCUAUGGAUAAGGCAUAGAAAAGGUAAGAGAGCUCCUCCACAGGCUGAGUCGUUGUCUACCGUUAGAAGAGAAAGAAUUUCAUACAAUGAAUUGCUCCAAGCAGCUGAUGGGCUUAGCGAGAGUAAUCUGAUUGGUUUUGGAAGUUUUGGCUCUGUAUACAAAGGCAUUCUCAGCAGUGGAACUAUCAUUGCAGUUAAAGUGUUCAAUCUACAACAGGAUGCGGCAUUCAAGAGCUUUGAUACGGAAUGUGAAGCUCUGUGCAGCCUUCGCCAUAGGAAUCUUGUAAAAGUCAUUACUAGCUGUUCCAAUCUUGAUUUUAAGGCAUUAGUGCUCCAGUAUAUGCCUAAUGGGAGUCUUGAGAAGUAUUUGUAUUCGCACAACUACUUCCUCGACAUUAGACAGAGACUAAGCAUAAUGAUAGAUGUGGCAUGUGCUUUGAAAUAUCUUCACCAUGGGUGCUCGUCGCCUGUGAUUCACUGUGAUCUGAAGCCGAGUAAUGUCUUGCUGGAUGAGGAUAUGGUUGCCCACCUAAGAGACUUUGGUAUUUCAAAACUGCUUGGUGAAUAUCAGGGUGAUUUGUACACUAAAACCUUUGCAACAUUGGGUUAUAUUGCGCCAGAGUAUGGCCAAGAUGGAUUGGUGUCUACUAAAUGUGAUGUGUAUAGCUAUGGAAUCAUGUUGCUGGAAACGUUUACUAGGAGAAAGCCUAGUGAGUUUGAGGAAGAUCUUAGAUUGAAACAAUGGGCGAAUUAUUCACUUCCUGAUGCAGUAAUAGAUGUUGCAGAUACCAACUUGGUUCCACCAAUAGAUAAUCACGUCAUGAAGAAGUUGGAUUGUGUGGCAUCAAUCAUGAAUGUCGCGCUAGAUUGCUGUUCUGAAUCUCCAGCACGACGGACAAACAUGAAAGAUGCUGUAGGGAUGCUACAGAAGAUCAGAAUUCAACUUCUCGCAUGUUGAACAUGCUCUUGGCAAUUCUUGUUCCAAAUAACUUGUUUUGUUGAAAAUGUUUGCUAAAUAAUUGUAUUGAUGUGAAGAAUUAUUA